AUGACCAACAUCCUCAAAAACUGGGACGAUAACAAUAGCAACAACGCCUACUUCCGCUACUACACGCCUAAUGCAACACUCGUAUUCAGCGGAGCUAAAAUCGGGCGCGAUGCUAUCCGCGCAGCCCGAGAUUCGAUGAUCCAUCCUAUUAACGGGCCAAUCGUGCAGUGCAUGCAUGUCCUCGAGUCGGGAUUCGUGAAUCCGGCCGCCGCUGGGGAAGGAGGAGAGAUACUUGUGACUGGCAAAGUGACAUAUGACUUAAAGAAUGGGAGGAAAGUGGUUUGUCCCGUUGCAAGUUUAGGGAGGUUUGUUAAGGGGGUUGAUGAGGAGUGGUGCCAGGCGGAGUAUUACGAGGUUUGGAUGGAUACUGGUGAAUUGGGAAAGGCGAUUGGGGAGAUGGUUGAGUAG